UCCAUCCGUACCCUCGACUGUCUAAAGAACUAAUGUUCCUGCUUCCAGAGUCCAGGGUGGACGAUACGCCUCUCAUUCACAAAAAGAGGCGGGAAGAACUGCAAAGGUGUACCUCUAUUUCUGAUGAUUGCUCAGCCAGCUAUGAGCAGGAGAGUGAUAACACCGUGGCCGACAUGAAAUACACCAUGGCCAACCACCACCAAGUAACGAAGCGUCACAGCGGGGACGAGAGGAACGAAUCGACCAUCCGGAAACUGUGUCGCCUCAGCCGCAGCCUCAGCAUCGGCCACGCCUCCCACACACCCGCACCGCGCACCGGCAUGGACACGUUGUCACCCGGUCCACGGACGCCAAUGCUCAAAUCCGAUAGCAAUAAAUCAAAAAACUUUCUAUCGGCGAAUUUUCGAUCGAAAAACAGCCAACAACGCAAAAGCGAAAGUGCACUAGAUUUCAAAGGAGGGAACUUUUUAUUCAAAUCUUCCGACAUUUCCCUCAAUCCGUUGCUAGAAAAGAAUCUGCAACCGAAACACAACGAUGUGAGGAAGAAGCAAAAAUCGCCUCGCCAUUUUGGUCGCCUACGUGACAAUAUCAGCAAACAUUCGACGAUAGAAGAAAAGAGCGAAAGCGCCGACAGUCAGGAGUCGGAUGUAGCGGUCAGAUCGCACUCAUUUUCAUUAUAUUCCUCUUCCGACGGCGCGACUCCCAGAAUAAAUAACGAAGAACGUCAGUCAAACGAGCUCUUAGACCGAAAUAAACCACGCGACAACUCAACGAUAUGUGAUACUAAAAAUAACGUCAAACCACGUGACGUGGACUCGGCGGUUGCCGCGAAUAGAUCUCUGUCUAAACUGCAAAGUGUACGCGCGCUCAUCGAGCACGAGCGGCGCAUGAGAAUCAAAAAGCUUCAGUCCGAUUUACUGUGCAUUCAGAGAGAAUUGCAAGACUUGGAUGAUUUGGAGUACGAAGUGUCUCAAGUGUAACCCGGGCUUUAGUCGUCACGAGCUGGCGAGCUGUUUGUCUCAAAGUGUAGACGGGGCUUUAGUUAUUACGAGCCGGCGUGCUGUUUGUGUAAAGUGUGUAAACGGGGUAUUAGUUAUCAUCAGCUAGCAUGUUGUUUACCUCAAGUGUAAACGGAGCUUUAGUCAUACGAGUUUGCCUCGUGUAAACGGGGCUUUUAGUGGAUACAGAUGAGCUAAGGUACGAAAUGUCUCUUCUUUUAUUAAGUAGCCCGAAUACUCAGCCUUUCGACAGCUAGACAGACAUUUGGACGGUAGUGAUCGUUCUCUCAGCCAGGGAUAACUCUAUAGCGAAAACACGGAAUAGCCGUUCAAAUGUCCGUCCAGCUCUCGUACGGCAGAGUACUCGGGCUAGUGUUUAAAGGUAAACAUCCUGAAUUUGUAGCCUUUAAAAUAGUUAUUUAAUCUACUGUUAAACAGUAUGUAUAGGUGUCAAAGGAUUCUAGCAACUAAGGGUGGAGUGACAGUUGUAUAUCAAAUCGUCUUUCAACUGGCAGUAUGCAUAUUCUUCUGAGUUGGGGGAGGUAGGCCUCCCCCGGAAUCCGCUUUCACGUCUAUGACACGUGACAUACAUCUGGGUAAUAAAACCUAUACAUCCUUUGGCCCAAUUAUUUCAAAUUGUGUUUGACGGUUGGCAGAAACCAAAAAUUGCAACGUACGAAAUAAUUAAAUAAUUAUUGUACACAAAACUAUAUACUGAGCUUCUACAAACAUUGGUGUGACCAGAAAUGUAUUGAAUAUGCAGAAAUUUCCAUCACAUGAAAAUGUAAGUAUACUGUCAUUUCAUUAAUUAAAAGGUUAUAAUGGCUAAAAACAUGCUCCAAGUGCUACUAACUCAGGAGUCGGGAUAAACCCUGUAACAGGGAUUGUGUUAUGGCUUGGCGUUCGACGUAUUAUAUUAUGUGUAACCUUGGCUUUGAUAGUGUUGUGCAGCAUAACAUUGUUUGAGUGGUUAAGAUUGAAUCCUUUACAUGUAGACCAUCCGUUACAAUAUAUUACAAUGAUGGUCAUUAUAAGUGUUCUCACGUGUCACACACCCAUCAUCAUAAUGCCGUUAUGCGCAGACGGUCAGGGAUCAUUUCGUAUAAGGAUCCCCGUUUUAUCACGCCCGGAACACUUUUUUAUUGCCAAUAAUUUUUAAUUUUAAACAACGAUUCAAGCUUGUAUAAUGCACAAGCUGUUCCUAGACCAGUGCUGCACAUAUAUACCCAUUUGUCUCGACAAAUUGCUUCAAUCUUCAGACAACAGGCGCAUGGGCAUUACACUGUGCAUGAGAUUCUAGACUGACCAGCGGCAUUUCUAGGGGUUCAGGUCAUGCUCACCCACCCACCCCCCGAAAAAUAUAUUGAAAACAAACUUCGCUAGGCGCAGGGGUGUGUGUGUGUUUAUACCAUAUCACUAGGAACACACACACACACACACACAUGUACACAUCCCUGGACAUUUGAUCUUUAAAGUUGUGUUCCGAAUGGGACAAAGCUAUACCGUUAUAUAAAGUGGCCAUCAUACGAAGCCGCUGCCUUGAGCCUGUAUAGACAUGAUUCGGACGAUCAAGAACAUACGAGAUGUCCAGAAAAUAAUAUUAGACGAGAAACUGCAAUUUUCAAUCAUUGGUACAGUAUAUUCCGAGAUGAAUAUGUAAUGACAUGAGCACCCCUCUCCACCCCACCACUCCCCCGUCUAAACAGUGUUAGCUAUACACGUAUGAUGUCGAGUAGUGUCAAGCCAGUCGACUGAAGUAGGAUGUAACGCGGAUGUAACGCUUGCGUACACCAUGUUGUUUUUGAUAAUGAAGAUAAAUAAAGAUGUGCUUUAUAUUUGAUAAAUUCAGU